UCCAGGAAGUGUUUACAGAAAAAAUAAUGGAAUAUUUUCAAUUUACACAAAUUAUGAACGUUUUCGUAUUACUUUAUGCUAUGUUGUCUUUAAUUAGUGCGGAACCAAGUAAUGAAGAGAGCAGACAGGGCGAUCAGAUGACGUGUGCUCAGUUAUUAAUGGGACAAUAUCUUUGCGAUGCACCUGAAAUUGAUCCUGAAACACAGCAAGCAAAGGGAUGCAACCCCAAAACAAGAAAAGUUCCAGUUCCUUGUAGACCAGCAGUGAAUAUAACAUGUGAUGGGGUCACCUAUAAUGGAUCGUCUGUCGGCUUUUAUAAAACUACUGCCUGCAAGUGGACAAAUGGUCAUUCCUUUGAAGUUUCACUUCUGUUAUCAAUAUUUCUUGGAAUGUUUGGAAUAGACCGUUUUUAUUUGGGCUACCCUGCAAUAGGACUGGUCAAAUUUGCCACAAUGGGGUUUAUGUUUUUGGGACAGCUAGUUGAUAUUUUGCUGAUAGCUACACAGGUUGUUAAACCAUCUGAUGGAUCAGACUAUGUGAUAGAUUACUAUGGAGCUAUCAUGUCAAGUGUUGUGAUGGACAAUGAAACUUACUUAAAACCACAAGAUUACACAUAGGGCUGUAACUUUUGAAAUAUUCCAGUUCUCAGUGACAUCAAGAAGACAUGUGGCCAAUAGCCGAUGUUCAAGUCCAGUUGGUCGUCUCUUGUUCCAGUUAACAAUCAUUAAAAACUGGACAAUUUUGAUGGGACAAGAAUAGCUUUCUGCCCACAGCAUAAAUUAUGUCUAAAACUCCACCACAGCCAGGUAACAAAACACCUGUAAUACUUGCGAGACGUAAGCCACACUUAUUGAUUGAAACAAGUAACUCAUCACACAGGUUCCCAAGAAUAUAAUUUGCUUAAAUCCAUACUCCUAUAUGUUGUUAUUAUUGGUUGAAUGAAAAAACAACUCUUUUCCACAAACACUCUGUUUUGAUGCUCGUGAAAAUACUUUUAAAAACAGCUCACUUGCAUGCCAGUAAAAACAUACACAUUCUAAGCUACUAUGCACAUCCAGCAUUUACUUAUAUGCAAUGUGUGCUCUAUACAACCCUCAGUUACUGCAGUAAAAUGGGAAUUACGUACAUGUACCAUUUGCAUGUGGAACUGUUAGUUACAUUUCUUUGUCAACUGGCCCUGUGGUCUUGAACACUGUGCUCACAAUAUAGGUGGUUGACAGUAGAUAAUUUGCCUUAUGUUCCAAAGGUAAAUGAAUAUUUGGACAAAACUGGAGUAAAAAGGAACUGAUGAAAAGCAGAACCUGUGAUAAAUGCUCUACAUUUUUGUGGAGUCCAGUUUACCAAUCACUGCAUUAUUUCAUUUUACAACAAAGCUUGAUUUUUCAUUUUCAUUUAAGGGUUGGGUUUUUUCAUGCUUAAUCAAAUUAUGGUUCAAGUACAUUGUCUAAGGCACACACCUUUUAUCUGGGCCAUUUGUCCAGGACAGUGGGCUAAUGGUUAGUUGUUAAGACGUUUGGGAGAGGUCGGGGACCUAAUUCACUGAUCUCUUGCAACUUUGUGAUCUCGCAAUGCUAAAAGACUUGCAAAGAGGAUGCAAAGUUGUCUAAUAGAGCCUAACAGAGCUUUGUUAAUUAGACCCCAGGGUCACGUUCCACAAAGCGAUCUUAGCCCUAAGAUUACCUUAAGCGCACAGCUACCCUAUGCACUUAAGUUGAUUUUAGGGUUAAGAUCGCUUCGUGGAACAGGGCCCUGAGCAGUAACCUUACACCUAACAAAUAUUCUGUUAAAACCAGGGCUUGCUGUGGGCGAUUAGAAAAUUUCGCUAAAUUAUGUAAAAAAAUGCAAAACCUAUAGCUAUUUUCCAACAAAAAAUCAAUUAUCACACAAUUUUUUUCCGCCAAAUUAAAAUAAAAUUCACCAACUUUUUAAAAUUUACAAUUGGUGAAUGGCAGAGCUAGUCCUGAAAACUUGCUCCAAGUAGGAGCCAAACCCUGUACCUACCAGCCGUAUAGCCAAUGGCUUAACCACUACAUCACAGAGGCCGGUAUUAAGCACAGUUUAAAACUUGUAGUCAACCCAUUAGUUUUGUUUCGCAAUCACUUCAUUAUCAUUUUUGGUUUUUUCAUCAAUACAUGUACCAUCAUGGUGGCUGCAUAUUGAGAUUAUGUUCAUUCGUUUUCAUCAUACAUUUAUUUACUUGCAUGUUGUAAAUGUGUUGGUGUGAAAAUGAGUUGGCCUUUUUUAUAUCCAUUUCAUAUACUGUAUCUUGUGUAAUCCAUACAUAACAGUCAGCUCAUUUUGUACAUCGAUGUGGAUAAACGCGAUUUAUUAAUGAUGUUCAACUUCAGAUCAGGGGAGAUUAUCAUGUCAUAUUUCAUCAGUGUGCUCCCAUCAUUAAAUCAUUAUAACACCCAGAUAUUAAACUGUUCAUCUGAAUAUUAAAUGGAUGGAUGGAUGUUUUUAUUGUAAAACUUGUGCAGGAUCAUUAAACUUUGUGUGAUAGUAUUGUAUAUUGUCUGUUGUUGUUAAAACAUAGAAUGUGGUGGACAAAAUGUUCCAUCAUCAGUACAUUUAUAGCCAUUCCACCUUAUUUGUAUGAAUGAAAAUGGAUCAAGAUUAAAUUAAAAUAGUAAAGAA